AGAGAGAUGGAAGGAAAGAUCUUCAUUGCAGGGGUUAUGAUCCUUUGUGUUGUGGUUGGACAUGCACAAGAAGGUUAUUACUCUGAAGCCAUCCCUGCUGUGCAUAUGGAAGAGAAAAUGACCAAACUCCAUUUCUUUCUUCAUGAUAUACUUAGUGGGCAAAACCCAGCCGUGGUUCAAAUAGCAAAAGCCAAUCUCCCUCAAAACAACUCAUUUGCCUCAUUUGGGACACUUAGUGCCACUAAUGAUGCCAUGAGGGUAGGUGUAGAACCAACCUCAAAAUUGAUUGGGAGAGCUAAAGGUUUGUAUGUAUUAGCUAGCCAAGGACAAGAUGAUGAAAUGGCAUUGGUUAUGUACAUGGAUUUUGGAUUUACAACAGGCAAGUUUAAUGGGAGUUCAUUUGUUGUGUGUUCAAGAAAUCCUGUAAUGGAGACUCAACGUGAGCUUGCAGUGGUGGGUGGGAGAGAACAAUUCAGGAUGGCUAGAGGAUUUGCUAAUUUACAUACUCGUUUCUUGAAUUUCACUACUGGUGAUGCCAUUAUUGAGUAUAAUGUCACCUUGUUUCAUUACUAAUUAGGGUCUCUUUAGUUUAGCUAUUAGAUGUAGCUGAUAACUGAUAGUUGAUAGCUGCUACUGUUAAUUAAUAACUGAUAGCUGAUAGUUGAUUAUCGUUGAUUUAUAUUAAGUAUUUGAUAAACAAUAUAUAAUUGUCA